ACUCAGAAUGAUGUUUCAAAUACCUGCUUACGUUACUCUUGUGGGCAUUAUCACCUUCACUUUUGGAAAAGAAACAUCUACUCCUGUUUCCCUGGUUACUAACGGCCUUACUGCCAAACUGGAUAAUGGACUGAUCGAGGUAUCCUUUCGCAGAAGCGGAGUUAUUUCUUCUCUUAUCAAAAAUGGUAACAACCUAGUGGCUAAUACAGAAGUCUCCGGUUAUUUUGACUGGAAUUCUCGUCGUAAUCACAGAUUUUCUCCCUCUCGUCUUGAUGUAAUCACCAAAUCACCUCAGCAUGUUCACAUCAUGUAUUCGCAAGAUGUUCGUGGAUUUUUGAAGCUUGAAUAUCAUAUAAUAAUGGAACAAGGAAUCAGUGGUAUUUACACUUACGUCAAAGCAACAAAUAAGAACAAGAAACCAUCCAAACUUAAGGAAAUGCGUCUCAUAUAUGUGUUUAAUCCGAAAAUUAUGUACCAGAUCUCCAACGGCGUACAAGAGGGCACUCCACCAACUGAAAAGGAACUGAGAAAAUUACCAAUGAUCUGGGAUGCAACGUGGAAGCUUCCUAAUGGUACUGUAUAUUCUAAGUACGACUAUGCAGGCUAUGUUAGAAAUACAUCAUACCAUGGAGCAUUUGGAAAUGGAUUUGGUGCUUGGGUGGUAUCUGCUAGCCAUGAAUACUACUCUGGAGGUCCCCUUAAACAGGACCUUUUGGUCCAUCAAGGACCUUUGGUUGCGAAUUAUAUGGCCGGAAUGCAUUUUGGAACACCAGCUCUUAACGCUCCUCAUGGAUGGACAAAAGUGUAUGGACCUUGGUUGGUUUACUUCAAUGAGGGAUCCGAUGAUCAAGUGAAGCUAGAUGCAUUUCGGCAGGCUACAGUGGAACAAUCUCUCUGGCCUUAUAAAUGGAUGAAUGACAAAGAGUAUCCACAAAAACGAGCUACACUGCAAGGUAAGGUCACUAGCUCUGCUCGAAGCAUGGUUGUCAUAUCAUCUUCCCUGAAGGAAGAUUUUGACAAGCAGACACUUGGGUAUUCCUAUUUUACUGAAACAGAUAAGACUGGGUUUUUCGAACUAAACAAAAUCAGUCCUGGAACAUAUAAGUUAACAGCAUAUCCCAUAGAAGGGUAUGGAAUUGGCUGCCAGGCGGAAAAAGUGAUAACCAUCCGUGAAGGAAUGAAUGAAGCCUCCUUGGAGUUACCUGUACCCACGCAAGUGAUGUGGUCUAUUGGAGAAACAAAUAGGCGAUCAGACACAUAUCGUUAUAGUAAUGAAAGACGUAGUUAUGUCUUACAAUCACUAACACCAGAGGAUCUGGAAUUCGAGAUUGGCAAAAGCAGCAUUCUUAAUGACUGGUAUUAUGCACAAACUAAAAAGGGAAAUUGGAAUAUAAAGUAUUAUGAUACUCCUGAUCAAAAAAAUAGAAAAUUACGAAUAGGGCUUGCGGCAACGAGUUUUAAUGUUACUCUGAUAGUUAGCGUGAAUGGUAGGCAAAUGAAGCAAUGUGAGUACGAAAACGAUAGUGCUAUAUAUCGCUGUGCAACACAAAGCGGGAACUUUCAUUCAGAGGCUAUAGCAAUACCAGCAAAUCAGGUUGUUGCAGGUGAAAAUGUGAUACAAUUAACACUUCGUUCUGGCAGUGUUAUGUACGAUAGUAUAAAUUUCUCUAUAGAAUAA